GAAAAUGCAGGAAUGCAGGAAGGAAAAGGCAGGGCACAGCCCUGAUAAGCUUUCCUGUCAUUAUUUUUCUUGUCAGACACCCUGCAGUUUAGUCUUUUUACUUUCUCCAUGUUUAACCAACAUUAAAAAUACCAGGCAUCUUAAAACGACUUGUGCACAUACACCAACUUAUACAAUGGGAAGUUUGCAGUUUCCAAUAUUUCUCCUGGUGGUCUUGAACACUGCUGUGUUGGUGAUAACUGAAGAGGUGAUACACAUGGGCAUGUUUCCUGAAGUUGCAGAUUACUCAUUCUACAAUUGUCGGAAAGAGAUGCUGCAAAUGGUCACAAAAGCUGGAGGUUUGCUGGAAACAGAGAUUAAAAACAACACACUUUUUGAGACUAUGUGGCAAGAUAACGCAGAAUGUGACAAGGCCAUUCCAGGAGGUACACCGGAGCACAUGGCUGCACUGAGGAGUUAUGCUGAAGCUCCUUCUAAAUUUUAUAAUACAUUUAAAAAGUCUCUUCACACCAAAAGCAGGGGCAGUUCGUACCGAGAUGAUUUUCCUUUUAAAUCUCUUUUCUUCCUGCUGACAGAUGCCAUGCAUCUCUUGAAAAGUGAUUGUCGUACAGUGUACUCUGGCAAAGAGGCGGAAUAUAGCACCAAUAUUGGGGAUAAAGUACGUUUUGCGAGUUUUUUUCAAGCAAAACAGAAAUAUACUGAAGCAACUGAAGUUGCAGUAAUAAGUGAGAACAUUGGAACUGUUUUCAAUAUCACUUCCUGUUCUGCGAUCAACCUUGAUGAAAUGUGUGGAUCAGAGGACACAGACAUAGAGCUGCUAAUAUCACCCACUGAAGUUUUCAAAGUUACGAAUAUCAGGAAUGUUAGCACAAGUAAUGAUCAGUAUAAAGAGAUCACCUUAAUGAAUUCAGGCUUUCACAGCUCCUCCAACUGUAGGGGCCUUGUCAGCGUGUCUGAAGAUUCUAAAGAAUCAUCUUCAAGUUUCCCGAGUUCCAGUUUACUGAGUCUGAUGGCUUCUUUACUCGUGACAUACUUCAGCGUGUUGACUCUGUAAAAUACUCUGUAUUUUCUCAAAAAUGCAUGAACUCAUGUGGAAAAGUAAAAGCCGCAUUCAUUUUCUUAAUGACUUAUAAGGAAGAAUUUUUCAUAAUUAUAGAUUAUGUUGUUUCAAUGUAUUUUCUCUGUUUAAUCCUUACCCCUACUUAAUGUAAAAAAACUAAAACUUAGGCCCAUCAAAAUGUAUAUAAUAGCCUAUAUAAUUGUUUUAGAAACCUUUUAUGUGCUUUAUUGUUUUUGACAUUUCUUUGAAAGUCUUUAGUCCAUAAAUACAUUUUACAUGCAUAAAAAGUAGAGUUGCUAAAACAAAAAGUUGCUUACAAUGGUCAUAUACUGUACUUCAUAUAUAGCCACCAUUUCAAUUGACCUCACAUGACUUGCAGUGAAUUUUGUCAUUUGUGCCAUGUUGAAAUGUAUUCAUGGGAUACAAUUCCACUUUAAUUAUGAGGCAAAAAUUUUAAUUAAAUGUUUCUUGUAGGUA